CACCACCAGAAUAAUCCCAUUCUCACUUGUGCGCGGCAUCAAUCAUCACGAACCUCACUUGCUUAAAAACGCUUGCCGCCAGUCCAGAAUGACUCCUUUCAUCUUGUCACUUUCAUCUCUUACCAAAGAAUUCCAUCAAUCUUCAUCUAUAGACUGAAGCCUCCAUCAAUACCCGUUGCCGACCCAUCAUGUCGCGUGCCUUGAGUCGUGUGGACCUGAUCCGCACGUCUAUCCAUGUAUUCAAAGCGACACCCAUCUCUUCACUACUGUCGCGCGCUUCCGUACCAGCGAUUCAAACACGUCUGUCCUCACACUCGCCCCUUGGUGCUACCACGACCAGAAAGAAAGUCACCCUCAACACCAUCAGUUCCCUAUACCAUAAGAACGAGCCCAUAACAAUGAUUACGGCGCAUGACUUCCCGAGUGCUCACGUCGCGGAUCAUGCUGGCAUGGAUGUGGUAUUGGUCGGCGACAGCCUUGCCAUGGUGGCUUUGGGUAUGGAGGACACCAGUGAGAUAAUCAUGGAAGAGAUGCUGUUGCACUGCCGCUCGGUCUCUCGGGCGGCAAAGUCGGCCUUCAUAGUCGGUGAUCUCCCUUUGGGAAGCUAUGAGAUCGAUCCACAACAGGCCCUCGAAUCUGCGAUACGUAUGGUCAAGGUUGGACGAGUCCAGGCCGUGAAGCUCGAAGGUGGUGCUGAAAUGGCAUCAACCAUAAAACGUAUCACGACCGCUGGAAUUCCUGUCCUUGGUCAUGUCGGCCUUACACCACAGCGCCAGAAUUCUCUAGGAGGGUUCCGUGUUCAAGGCAAGUCUGUCAUUAGCGCCAUGAAGGUGCUCGAAGAUGCCUUGGCCGUGCAAGAGGCCGGUGCAUUCGGUGUAGUGCUGGAAGCUGUGCCACAGGAAGUUGCCGCACUGAUCACAAAGAAAUUGAGGAUACCGACGAUUGGUAUCGGUGCAGGUAACGGUUGCUCCGGGCAAGUGUUGGUUCAAGUCGAUAUGUCCGGUUACUUUCCUCCAGGUCGUAAGAUUCCCAAGUUUGUGAAGCAAUACGGAGACGUGUGGGGUGAAAGCAUGAAAGCCAUCACUGCAUACCGGGAUGAGGUCAAGUCCAGGGCGUAUCCUGCGCCUGAGCACACCUAUCCCAUCCCCAAAGAGACGCUGGAGGAGUUCGAGCAACUUAUCGCCUCUUUGGAAGCCGCGCCACCAGACACUAGCGCAUAGACGACUUCCUCUGGCCUUUUAUGAUCUCAUUAUUUUGCUUCGUGUCAAAUAUACCCCCAAUCAUUCUUGUCAUCGGAGGUUCUCGAACUCCGCCAUAUUCUGCAUCACAUAGUCAAUCAAAUAUGUCACACCAUA